AUGCCGCCCUCACUUACGGCGUCUCAAAUUGAUGAUGAAGAGGAGGUUGAUUAUGACUUUGAGGACGUUGUUGGAAAAGAUGGCCAGGACAUUCGGCAAAACCACCAAAUGACGAACAUAUUCGACCGAUCUGAUACAAAAAUAACUUUUUUUGAGCGACUCAUGGGUGCACUAGAAGAUAUUCGUUUUCUGAUGUCAUUUUCUUCCCCAAUCAUUUCGCAUUAUUUUCAUAACGUCACGGAAUGCAUGCUUAAAAGGAAAGUGCGCCAAUUUAUGAAGUUACUCGUUGCCUAUUGGUGUGUUAUGCUCAUCAAAUCACUUCGACAACCUGGUGCCUCAGCGAUUAACCUCAAAUUCGCCUCUCUUAUGAUGGGAUCCUUUAUAUUGCUUUACAUAUACACAUUUCGGCGAUUAAGCCGCAGUGAGUACAAGUUCAUUUCGCUACUUUUGACGAUCGGCAGUCUGAUUUACACACUCUACGAGUCCUGCAGACAAGAAGCUGCAAUUGAUGGUUCUUAUGCCUAUCCUUUUUCUCUCAUAGUCAUGAUAAUUGUCUUCCUUCCUCUGGACAUGAACAUGAUACUGCCCGUAUUAUUAAUAUUUUGCGUCAUCUUUGUCAUAAUAUCAUCACGACAGGUAACUUAUUCUCACAUAAAACGAGAUCUCUACAAGAAAAGCAUUUACCCUCUCUACUCGCAGGUACAUGCCUACAAGUAUUACAUUAUUGAAGGUGGUACGGAGGCUUGGUCUAUCUUCGCAGAGGACUAUUGCAUGAUUCAAGUCGCUAGUUGGCUCGCUGUUAUUUUCAUCGGGUGUUAUUUGAGAUUUUGGAAUGAGAUACGUCGACGAUCCGCAUUCUCAAUCAUUGGAAAGUCAGUGCGAGCCCGCAAUCAAAUUGAAACAUCUCUGACAAACCAGAGAGAUUGGAUUACAGCCAUCAUGCCUGUCCAGGUACGAGAUCAGUACAUUGCGAUGCUAAGGGACAAAAGCAAAAGGAAUGAUAUCUGGGUUUUCUCAAGAUCUUUUAAUGAAGUCAGUAUUCUUUUUGCUGAUAUUGUUGGUUUCACGAAGAUGAGUUCAUCGAAAACGGCUACUAAAAUUGUCAUGCUGUUGAACGAUCUGUACAACCGAUUUGACGAUUUGUCCACUCAAGUGAAUUGUGAAAAGAUAGGCACACUCGGAGAUUGCUAUUAUGCUGUUGCUGGGUGCCCAGUUGAACGCAAAGAUCACGCCAUGUGCUGUGUCGAGUUCGGCCUCGGUAUGUGUCGUAUUAUAAAGGCAUUCAAUAAGGACAACAAUGAGGAGGUCAACAUGCGCGUGGGUGUGCAUACGGGCCAUGUAAACGCAGCCAUAAUUGGUUGUAGCCGCUUUCGAUACGACGUCUACUCAACAGAUGUAAUCGUAGCCAACGAAAUGGAGACCUAUGGCCUGCCUGGUCGUGUGCACAUUUCACAUACAACAUUCAAACUUGUAAAAGGUCUCUACCGUUUCGCCAAAGGCCCACCUCUGCCCAUGGUCAUAGAACAACAGGUUGGUAUAGGUGGACUGGAUCAAGUUGAAGUGGAACUGAAGACCUACUUUGUCGAUCCACUAUCGUCUCUAAUGAGAAAGCAAGGUGAAACUUUUGGACAAACAGGAAUGCCAAGCCGCAUUUUGACUCUUCAGAGUGAAGCAAAAACGAGAGAAACAAAUGACUCUGAUGGAGAAUUAAGCGAAAGUGAUAAGGCAACCCAAAAUUCGCACGACAAAGGUGCAACUUUAUCCUCAGAUGAUCAAAGUUCAGCACAACUUGAAGCAGAAAAGGUUCGACGGAGUAAUUUACGAGACAUUCGGCUAGUUCAAACCCUUCAUGAUGAUCCCAAACAUCAGGUGAAGCUUUUCCGAUUCGUACCUCUGACACCGGUUUUUCAUCGCUUCCAAGAUAAGAUAAUCGAAACCGCAUUUAAAGACUAUAUGCAGGGAUACGUACCAGUGGUUACUAUUGAAUCGCCGCGCUUCGCACCUAUUCUCGACGUUGUAAUGGUAUCACUAACCACUAUGGCCAUUUUGGUUCCAUAUAUAAUACAUUUAAAUGUUGACUCUGGUAGAUAUGUUGCCCGAGAACCUCUGCUUUUCAUAGCUGUGCUGGCUUCAUCUUUCUUGUUGACCGCCACUUUUGCGUAUGGAUCGACAAGACACGCCUCCACUGUUAUAGCGGGAGGUAAGACUGGGUUCAGAAUCUUUGCAAGCAAUACUUUUCGAGAAAUUGUCCUUGCAAUUUUGACUUUAAUGCCCUCUGCAGUAUUUUUUGUCCAAAUCUCAUCUUCAGACAUUGAAAAUAACGCCACUACUCAGAACCGUGUAAUAUAUUUGGAAUUUGGAAUGCUGACCAUUUUAGUCCACUGCAUGGCCACAUCCAGUUUUUCAUGGAUCCGCGGAAUUUGCAUUCUAAUAAGCACCAUUGGUUUUUGUUUUGCUCUUGGAAAAGCUAGGAAAGACUUUGAUUACGCUUACUGCGAGCCCACGCUCUGGUAUAUGCAUCUAGACAAACCCGUGGAAGGCAUCAACGAACGUAUAGCCUCAAUAUUCACACUAGCAGCGGUAGCCUAUUUUAUUACCACAGAGAACGAAAGAAGCAUUCGGUUGUGGUACUAUGUGCUUCGUGAGGCCGAAUCUGCUUGUCAGAUAGCCGCGAAAGAGAGUGAAUCAGCUCAACAAUUGUUGGACAACGUCAUUCCGCCUUAUAUUUUCAAACAACUGGCGAUGCUGGGCCAUCGACGACUAAAGGCAGGCACAUUCUGUUUUGCAAACGCAAUCGCCGAUGUUGCUGUUUCGUUUGCGACUUUGACUAAUUUCUUUAAGAGCUACUACCGUGAGGACUAUCGCGGCGGUGAAGGUGCACUCAAGCUUCUAAACACGAUUAUCUGUGCUUUUGAUAACUUAAUGAAGCACCCACAGUAUGCGAGCGUGGAGAAGAUCAAAACAGUUAAUGAUUGCUACAUGAUCGCAUCUGGGCUGAAUCAGCUACAGCGUAAUUCACAAGUGCCAAAGGACAGGCACAUCUACGAGUUAAUGGAUUUUGCCUUCGCCCUGUAUGACACUCUCAAUGAAAUUAACGACAAGUACAUUAUAGGCACAGAUAAGUUCCAAAUGAAAAUUGGCUAUUACAUCGGUGAUGUUACCGCUGGAAUUAUUGGCUCUCGCAAGCCCAUCUACGAUAUAUGGGGAAAUACCGUUAAUGUUGCCAGUAGAAUGUACUCCACAGGAUCCACAGGCCAGAUACAAACACCAAAGGAAGUCAUCGAACGAUUGGGCGAGAAAUAUGACUACGAAUACAGAGGAAGAGUUUGCGGCGGCAGUUUCAUAAGUCAAGGUUUUGGUGAUUUGCUCGGUGAGAUGGUUUUGACGUCGUUUGCUGACAUUGGCAAGCCCGCCAGAGAUCUUUUCACCAAAUAUUUUAAAUUUAAUCUUAUAAACUUUGACUUUAAGUCGAACACGGAAGAAAAUGUGGAUCUCCAUAUCCAGUGCACUGAGAAUGACAACCAAAUAGUUGCAACUUCUGAGGUUACGUUCAAGCCCGUUGGUGGAGUAUCAGUGAAGACGAAAGUUGACUCAAAGAAUCAAAUAUCAAGUGAUGUCGAAAUAAAAAACAAGGCAUUGUUGGCAAAGCACAAUAUCGUUGCUACUGUUGACCAUAGCCUUGGCACAAAGCAGCUGAAGCUGAAGAAUAGUGUGGAAAGGGACAAAGUUAAUGCUGAAAUAGAAAUGGAAUUCGCCUCAAAAUACCCCCUGGUAACUGCCUCAGUUGCUGUUGGUGAUAAGGGUUAUGUUGCCGGUGCACAGUUUGUAGUUUCCACGGACAAUUUAAAGCUUAGGAAACAUACUUACUCCGUCGGGUACAGUGGAGGGGAUAUCGAGGUCUACGGUUCAGUUAACGAUCAGAAACACAUCGAAUGGAAAGUUAUCCAAACCUAUCAACGGAUGAGCGUUGGGUGUAUGUUUAGUUGGCUUGGGAGCUUUUCUAACACUAAGUUUGGCAUUGCUUCUUUGUACAAAGUGAACGAGGACACCUUUAUCAAGGGCCGAAUCGAUGAAAAUUCACGUCUCGCACUCGCUUAUGGGUUCAAACCCACACCUGAAACUCGGGUGGUUGUCGCUUUGGAAACGAGUUUGAACGGGAACAAUUCGCCAUCGGGCAGUGGACUCACUUUUGAAAUUUCAAAUUAG